GCGGAGGGAGCAGGAGAGCCCGAGGCUUUAGCAGUAGCAGCAGGCCCGGCGGGCCUCUCCGCGGCGCUUUCCGCACGGACUCCCCCGCAGGCCCACGCCGUCCACCUCGGCCGCAGCGCCGCUACCACCAGCAUGCAGUCUAACGGCGCAGAACAGACACAGGACCCGGCGCUCGGCUGCCAGAACAACGGCAACAACGCACAGAGCCUGGAGGGCCGAGAGAACAGGGAGUGCUCCAGCUCCAGGGGGGAAACGGCGCACUCCAACGGUCUCCUCUCCGGAUCCGCUACCGGGAACAACGCACCCCAAACCGGCACUUCUGCACUCUUAUCCGGCGGGUCCGGGUCUGGAUCUGGGUCCGGGUCCGGGUCCUUAAAGAAACUCAAACGCCUUUCACAGUCUGAAGAAGAUGUGAUCCGACUCAUAGGGCAACAUCUGCACGGACUGGGACUGAAUCAGACGGUGGAUUUGUUGAUGCAGGAGUCGGGCUGUAGGCUGGAACCCGCUGCUACCAAGUUCAGGAACCACAUAAGAGGAGAGUGGGACAAGGCAGAAAAUGACCUCAGCGAGCUCAAAGGCCUGAUGCAUUCACCCAACGCUAUUGUGCGGAUGAAGUUUCUUCUCCUGCAGCAGAAGUAUUUGGAGUAUUUGGAGGACGGGAAAGUUCUGGAAGCGUUACAGGUGUUGAGAGGAGAGCUGACUCCACUCAAAUACAACACGGACCGAAUCCACGUCCUCAGCGGGUAUCUGAUGUGCAGUCACGCCGAGGACCUGAGAGCCAAAGCAGAGUGGGAGGGGAAAGGAGUGAGCUCACGCUCCAAACUGCUCGAUAAACUACAGAUGUACCUGCCCCCCUCUGUGAUGUUGCCUCCCAGAAGGUUACACACACUUCUGCGUCAGGCCGUGGAGUUACAGAGAGACCGCUGCCUUUAUCACAACACCAAGAUGGACAACAACCUCGACUCUGUUUCAUUACUGCUGGACCACAUGUGCAGCAGGAAGCAGUUCCCAUGUUACACUCAGCAGAUUCUGACCGAACACUGUAACGAGGUUUGGUUCUGCAAGUUCUCCAACGACGGCACCAAACUCGCCACUGGAUCCAAAGACACCACGGUGAUCGUGUGGCAGGUGGACCCGGAGACACACCAGCUAAAGCUUUGGAGGACGUUGGAAGGUCAUGCAUAUGGAGUGUCUUACCUGGCCUGGAGUCCUGAUGAUGUGUACCUCAUUGCCUGUGGCCCAGACGACUGCUCAGAACUCUGGCUCUGGAACGUACAGACAGGUGAACUGCGUACGAAGAUGAGUCAGUCUCAUGAGGACAGUCUGACCAGCGUCGCCUGGAACCCUGACGGCAAGCGCUUCGUCACAGGAGGACAGCGGGGGCAGUUCUACCAAUGCGAUCUGGAUGGUAACCUGGUGGACUCGUGGGAAGGAGUGCGUGUUCAGUGUUUAUGGUGUGUGAGCGACGGAAGAACAGUCCUGGCAUCUGAUACACACCAACGCAUCCGCGCCUACAACUUCGAGGACCUGACCGACAGAAACAUAGUUCAGGAGGACCAUCCCAUCAUGUCCUUCACUGUCUCCAAGAACGGACGAUUAGCUUUGUUAAAUGUAGCAACUCAGGGAGUUCAUCUCUGGGACCUGCAGGACCGUGUGCUGGUGAGGAAGUAUCAGGGAGUGACGCAGGGCUUCUACACCAUCCACUCCUGCUUCGGAGGCCAUAACGAGGACUUUAUCGCCAGCGGCAGUGAAGAUCACAAGGUGUAUAUUUGGCACAAGCGCAGUGAGCUGCCCAUAGCUGAGCUGACGGGACACACUCGCACUGUGAACUGUGUGAGCUGGAACCCGUGUGUGCCGAGUCUCAUGGCCAGCGCUUCAGACGACGGCACCGUUCGAGUCUGGGGCCCCGCCCCCUUCCUCCACACACAGGAAGUGGACACUUUCAAUGAGACCUGCAGUAACAUGGACAGUUGAUGAAGACGUCUAUUUCGGAGAACAAUCAGAAAUAUAUAAAGAAGCAAAUCCACAUCAAGAGCAAACAGAACAGACAAUACAGAGUAUCAACUUGC